CUGGUUGGUUUGUGUGGCGUUGGCUGCCUCGGAGAUACAACACACCUGACACAGAAAGGAGGUAGUAGUAGUUACCAGCGACGACCCCUAGUUAUAGGUUGACUCCGUUUCACCAGUCCGACCAUCAGUCCAGACACCUGCGAGAUGCGGUAGCGGCAACUUGGUCUGGCCACAAACCCUUGCCCGACUCCAGUCAACAUUGAGAGCUCAAAUCAUAAAAUUUUUUUUUGGUGUUGCAUUUCUCGCCAGUAGAAAGUCAUGACCGUUGUAGUAAUGUUCUUUAUGGAACCGAGUGAUCUUUAGUGUGAGACCAGAAGCGUAUAUAGACGAGCAGGCGAAGAUACAUCAGCUGUGGAAAGGAACUUUUUAAAACAAUAUUUUGAAUAAGGAAAAUCGCUCUCGGGGUUCAAAAGCACGCAACCACGUGAAUAUGAUUCAGCAGCAAUCGAGAUCGCUACCGCUGAAAGACUGAACGGAGAGAUAGCAGCAGCAGCAGGAGCAGCAGUCAGGCUUGAUUAAGAAGAGAGAGAGAAAGGGAGAAAGAUUCACACAAAACAAAAAAUCUCAGCCUGUUUUCGUUACGUAAAAGGUUUUGUUGCUGCUCUAAGAGGAAGUAGUAUAUACCUUCAAAGAUGCAUCUAACUGCUUUGGAGAUGGAGGGUGUGGUCGCCCCAGAGGCAAGAGAAAAGGACGAGGAAGAAGGAAGUCCCACGGAGAAGACUGACGUCGCUAAAUCUCGAGAGGUUUUGGUGGAGAGCGACUCGAAGAACAAGCUACUUUACACAGUGGAGGACAACCCGCCUUGGUACACCUGCGUCGUCUUGGGCCUUCAGCAUUACCUGAUGAUGGUGGAGUCCACAGUCAGCAUCCCUUAUCUCCUGACGCCGAUGAUGUGCAUGGCGGUGUCGGACCCAGCCAGGGGCGCCAUCGCUUCGACCAUCAUCUUCGUCAGCGGCAUCGUCACUCUCCUCCAGACGACCUUCGGAGUGCGGCUCCCCAUCGUCCAGGGCGGCACCCACGGCUUCCUCGGUCCAAUCAUUGCCAUCCUGACCUUGAUGCCCUGCCCUCCUGACGAGGAACUCGACGCCAUGACCUCGGAACAGCGCACGGAACUGUGGCAGACGCGCAUGCGCCAAGUCCAGGGUGCUAUCUGCGUCGCUGCCAUCUUCCAGGUGGUCGUUGGUUUCACAGGUGCGAUCGGCGCCCUCCUCAGGUGGAUCUCGCCCUUGGUCAUCGUCCCCACAGUCACCCUGAUUGGGUUCUCGUUGUUUCCCGUCGCAGCUGAUAAGGCCUCGUCCCACUGGGGCAUAAGUGCUCUGACGAUUGGUCUACUCGUCAUCUUCUCUCAAUAUCUGGCCGAGGUCAGCCUACCUUUCUUCUCCUGGUCGAGAGCAAGGGGUUUCACCAGGACGAACCUUUACGUCUUCAAAUUGUUCCCCGUUCUCUUGGCCGUGAUCCUAGCCUGGGUGACCUGUUGGGCGCUGACGUACGCUGACGUCUUACCGCCUGACAAUCACGCGAGGACUGACCUUCGGCUGGAAAUAAUUAGCGAUUCGCCGUGGUUCCGAGUCCCAUAUCCAUGUCAGUGGGGUCUACCAACAGUCAGCGUCGCAGGUGUCAUGGGUAUGAUGGCAGGCGUCCUUGCCAGCAUUGUCGAGAGUAUUGGGGACUACUUCGCCUGUGCCCGAUUGGCAGGAGCCCCAGCGCCACCAAAACACGCAGUGAACAGAGGUAUUUGGAUGGAGGGCCUUGGCACCGUUCUGGCAGGACUCUGGGGAACGGGCAGUGGCACUACUUCCUAUUCCCAGAACGUGGGUGCCAUCGGCGUCACAAAGGUAGGGAGUCGACGGGUGGUCCAGUACAGCGCCAUGAUCAUGCUCCUCUGCGGCAUCGUAGGAAAAGUGGGCGCCCUCUUCAUCACGAUCCCUGAGCCCAUCAUCGGCGGCAUCUUCUGCGUCGUCUUCGCCAUGAUCACGUCCGUGGGUCUGUCCACGCUCCAGUACGUCGACCUCAACUCCUCCAGGAACCUCUUCGUCCUGGGAUUCUCGCUCUUCAUAGGGAUGGCUCUGCCGAUGUGGAUGCAAAAACCAGGCAACAAGGACAUUAUCAACACCACCAUACCUGUACUGGACCAAGUUCUGUCUGUGCUCCUGCGCACUUCGAUGUUCGUUGGCGGUAUUUUGGGCCUGUUCCUGGACAACACAAUUCCAGGAACGGACGAGGAAAGAGGAAUGGUCCAGUGGAAGGCACAGCUGAAACCCAGCAGGGAAGAAGAGGGCAGAACGAUAGCCGUGGAUCAGUCUUGCUACGAUCUGCCUGUUGGAAUGUACGCUAUUAAAAAAAUGUCCUGGGCGAAAUUCGUUCCUGUCCUGCCCACUUUCGUCGGCUGGGGCUACCUGAGGAGAAGAUGCGCCACGGCUGGAAAGCAUAAAGCCUAAAGUACGAGGACACAGCCGUGAACAGGACAAGGCGCAAACUUCUCACGUGAAGCUGCCAGUGCCUCAAAGGAAACUCGUAAAUGAUAGCUAGCUGCUCAAGAUCUCAAUUCCUAUUUGUAAAGAUAUAUAACUGACGACGGCGUCACUUCUCCUCAGGAUAUAAAUAUAAUAGUCUCGGAUAAGCAUUCCAUUCCCUCUUCCUGGAAAUCGAACCUAACUGCUGUGUGUACAGAGAAGUGAGUUGUCUGGCUACUGCUGUUUGCUGCCUUCCAGUCCUGCGCGCCAAAUCCAGCACAAGUCCAAUGCAAGUUAGGCAGGUCACGGGCAAGAGUCACAAGUUCAACAGGUCAGCAGAGCAAGUCAUCACCCAUUGGGCAGGUCCACAAGCAAGAGUCACCACCAGUUGCGCAGGCCUACACGUAAGAGUCACAUCAAGUAGCAGGUCUACAAGUAACAAGCAGUUCUGUACACAAAGAGACCCCCCAGUAGCAGGUCUCCACAAGCAAGACCCACUGCCAGUAUUUGACGGUUAAGCAAAGCUAUUCGUCGUCUGAAUCCAAACUCUGUUUUGUCUUCCAUUGUCCGAGGUCAUUUGUUGCUUCUUAUUUGGACCGGUUAUCUACAGUGAAAUGAGCACAAUUAUUAUUUCUCAAGGUAACUUGCACACAUUAGAUCAAAGCACAUAAUAUAUUGGACCGGUAAGCAAAAUGAUUUAUGUAUUCUUAUUAUUUUUGUGUAUUCAUGCAUUCAUGAUUACAAGGUGGUAUUAGACAAAUAGUCACUAGUCAAACUAAAACUGUAUGCGUUAUUUGUAAGUGUCUUGUGUGUUUUUAUUAUUACCAAACAGAGAUGUAUUGUGUAUUUGACGUUUUUAAGGAAAACCACUAAUAAUCGUAACCUAACACGAAAAUCUAAUCCACAACAGAGAUGGUAACUUUAUAGAGAACUUAGGAUAUGCUAAGUUUUAAUGCACAAUCAUUUUAUCUGGACAAAAACUGCCAAUAAAAGUUUUGUAGUCUUCAGUGUCUAGUGAUAAGAUCAGCUAAAAUAAUAUCACAUUAUGGAAAAACUUUAUAAUUUUGGGAUAGAGAACCUUAAAAUAAGAAUUUUUAUUUCAGACCUUGAGAUGUAACUUAAGUUAACAAAGUUGCUGUCGUGUAUGGUAUAACAACACCAACAUUCUCCAAUUGAACUUUGCAUAUUUGUCAGACUCAUUCAUAUGUAAAAACUGGGAUUUUUCAUAUUUUAAUUCUAUAUUCACUUCAUAAAACGAGGUCCUCUAACUUUGCGACUCAGUGGCCUGAUUAAACUACCCAUUAAUGAUAUUUAAAAAAAAAUACAGUGAGUGUUCCGGAGUCGCAGUAAAGCAGUAUUAACUCCAUACCUCCAAGAUGAAAGUCAAACAGCUGAUUCUCAUCACAAGACGAAGAUUUUGUGCACAAACAGGACUUAUUCCGAGACGAGAUAUGACUGAAAUCUUCCAGGUGUGUUUCGUAAAAGAGAUUCUCUAAUAAUUUAGAAUGGCUUAAGAUUCUGUGAUACCUUGCUAUCAACUACAACAGGGACAAAAACAACAGCGCCAACGAAUUUGCAAUGAUUUUAUUCAUGUGAUAUGUAGAAUUUGUAUGUAAGGGUACAUGUAUACAUAUAUGUAUUUUA